GGGAACAUGUUUCCCUGACUCCGCUAUUUUUAAGAGCUCUCUCUUGAAAGCAUCCAGAGAACUGUGGUCUAUUGUGUCGGAUGGAACUGCAGAUGCCGGUUAACACUGGAGAUAAGGCACAAAAUGCCGGAGUAACUGAGCACAUCAGACUGAAGAAGGGACUCGACCCGAAACCUUCUUUCACCCAUUUCCUUCUCUCCAGAGAUGCUGCCCGUCCUGCUUAGUUACGCCAGGACUUUGUGCCUCUCUGGGGUUUGGCUGGUUUGUGCCAGGAGUUGGCAGGGAGGAGGGUGGUGAAGGGUUAAGGAAGUAAAGCGUGUUCGUUUGGACUCAGCACGUCACUGUUUUGUGUACAGGGAGAAGGGAGAGCGGCAGAACUUGCCACUGAAGCUGCCUCUCCUCAACCUGCCAUCUACCUGAGCAGCGAGCACCAACACAGGUGCUGGACGAUAUCUCGCCUCCUCGCCCUUGGCUGGAGUCAUGGCGCACAACAGCUUCCCCUUCAUCCACGCCAUCUUGCGUCAGCGUUUCAGGAAGGACCGGGCCAAGACGCUGUCUCACGGCGACCCGGCCUUCAAGGUGCACUUUGCCGGGACGGAGCAGGUCUGGUCGCUGCAGGCGGAGCAGGCUAGCGAGGCGGUGGGGCGCCUGGCGGGGGAGGACGGGGACGGGGACGGGGCGUGCCGGGACCACGUGCUGGUGGUGCGCCCUCGCUACCUGGAGGUGAAGGAGAUGUCCAGUGGGCGGCAGCUGACCAAGACCUACCUCCACGACAUCGCCUACUGCGCCGCCGAUCCCCGCCGGCCCCGGGUCUUCCUCUACAUCUGCCGCAGCCGGCGCCAGCUGCACUGCCGGGUCUUCCGCUGCAGCAGCCCCGACAAGGCCCAGGCCAUCACUGCCUGCCUGGCUGGCGUCUUCCAGGUGGCCUUCAACCAGUGGCGAGACGCCUACGGCCAGGGGUCCCCGACUCCCGCACUGCCAGAGGGACCCGACACAUCCCUGCACCAAGGAGGUCCGGAGGAGGAGGGGGGUCCAGAGGAAGAGGGGGACAGUGCGAUCAGCGAGGAGGUGCUGGACCGAAGGAUGCACAGGGAGUUUGUCCACCGAGCCGCCUCCUUCCGCUCCCCUCACCGUCUGGACAGUGAGCUGCGGGCGCCCGAGACGGGGGUCCCCCGGGAGCGGACUCACCUCGAACCACGCCCUUCCUCCUGAAUCUCCCCCCCCCUCCCCUCCGCUCCGAGAGACCACUGGAUGUCUGAAACAAACAACAGGACUUGGAGAGAGUUUAAUUAUCAUUUGUACCGACGCGGAAAAUGAUGACAAGCCCGUCAACGCCACGCCCUUUCGUUUAUUCAUUUUCCUUUUAGAGAUACAGCGCGGAAACAGGCCCCA